CCUGUUCCGUCUCACCAAUCCUGCAGAGAUGAAGUACUUGGUGUUUGUGCUCCUGGUGGCUGCCGCUUGCGCUUCUGAGGUGGAGAAGCGAGAGGCGGAGCCAAGUCGUGCCUACAGCUAUGGCUACGGUCUCCACCACCACGCCUACUACCCCCGCCCCUACUACUACCCCUAUCACCACUCCUACCAUCACCACCACAAGAGGUCCGCUGAGCCUGAGGCCGAAGCCGAGCCCUCUUACGGCUCCGUCCACUACCGAAGCUACUACCGCCCCUAUUCCUACGGCUACCACCCACACCACUACACUCCCUACGUCCACCACCACCACAAGAGGUCCGCUGAUCCCGUUGCUGAGGCUGAAGCCAGCUACAGCUACAGGUCGUACCACCCUGUGUACCCUCGUUACUACCACUCCUACCACUAUUCCCCUUACACCCACAGCCACCACAAGAGAUCUGCCGAGCCAGAAGCUGAUCCUGGUUUCAGCUAUGCCCACCACCACCAGUCUACAUACCAUCCCUACCAUGAAGCUCACUAUGGUUACGGUUACCAUAUUAACCACUACUAAGGCACUGGGAGUUUAUAUGACCUGAAUUGAUCAAAAAUAAUUUUAUUUUGAGAAGUAAAAGCAGUGAUAAGUCAUCCUAAAUUA